AUGUUUGUGCUGUCAGCUUUGAAAAAUGAAGUUGACUCAAGCUGCGAUAAGGCAAAAUAUUCGAAACUAUUGCGCUCAUGUUGUAAUAUUCCAAGAAAUGAUCAGAGCAGCAACGCCUGUCGCAAGUCCUUGAUAAGCCAGUCUAAGCAAACUACCAAUAAUGGAGAGAAGAGUAAUUUGAAAAAGGAUAAAAUUGCCUUACAUGCUUGCAUUGCAGACUGUAUAUUCAAGCGAAAUGGCUACUUGCACGCCAAUGGAACACUUAAUCUGCCCAUCGUCGAAAGGAGCUUGAAACAGCGCUUUAAAAAUGACGAGGCUCUGGUCCAGCUAAUGGUGAAGAGCUUUGAAGGCUGUGUGGAUUCUGCGGAAGCUCGCUCUAAGCAAUUCGAAUGGCUGCAUUCAAAGGAUAACUGUGAUUACUUUCCGGCCACUUUACUGUCCUGCACCAUGGAACACGUUUAUAAUAAUUGUCCGGUAACCAAAUGGAAAAAUACCAAUGAGUGCCAGGCGAUGCGUAAAAAAUUAACGGACUGUGGCAUAAAAUUAAAAUGAAUGUCAUUAAUUUGAUUUAUAAGUAGAUCAGAAA